UGUUGUCUAACGUCACCCUAGAAGUAAAAGAUUACAAAGUCUCCAGAGGAAAGCGGGCAACAUCUUAUUGAAGGCAUGGCUGCAAACUAUAUUAUCCUGUGCAAAAACUACUUCACAUAAAUAAUAAUAAUUUAUUGGUGGUUUGCGCCCCGAAGCUGACGAGAUGUUAUGGACAUGAGCACUGCCUAAGCUGCUGAAAGGGCGACGGCGGGCCAUGGCGCUACCAGAGGUUCAUGCCGCAGCGGUUGAAGCACAGGGUGUGGUUCAAGCGGCCGUUGAGGUGCUUAACCGCCUGUCGGUCGCGCUCGGCCCCAGCAAUCAACUCACGGGGGCAUGGCUUCAAGAACGCGACGUCCUCUACGCUCGCCAACGACAGCUCGAGCAGGACUUAGGAGCAUGUCAACGGCACGCUGAGAGUCAAGCACGGGAGUGCCAUAACAUCAUUGCAGACCAGACAGCGCGCAUCGAGCAGCUGGAGGGACAUGCAGGAGAGCUGCAGGCAACCGUGGAUUCGCUGCGAGCAGGCACGGACGCGGCUCAGCUUGCGCUUAAUACUGAACGGCAGCAGCUCGCGCAGCUGAGGCUGCAGCUGGAGCGGCAGCAGCAGGAGCUGCAGGCCCAACAGCAGCAGCAGCAGCGGCAGUACCAGCGUGGAGACCAGCACCAGCGACAGCAGCGCACACCUGGAGCCGGAGAUGCAACCACCCCAAGGUCCGAUUCGGACGCCUCGCUGCCGCCUAGCCAGCCCCGCAUUCGCAUCGACCGUGUGCCUGAGACGUUGUUCAUCGGAUGGCAUGACGACCCAUUUGCCGAUGCGCUGGGGGAUGGAGGGGACGCUGCGCCUGCGGCAAACGCUGCAGGCGCUGAGACAGCAGCAGCUGCUGCGGCUACAGCAGGAGCAUCGGCAGAAGGAAGGCGCGCAUGCGUGACGCCGGGUGGCGGCGGGCGCGGUUAUGGUGCUAGAGGAAGUGGUGGUGACGAUGCCAGGGUGCCUCACCUGCUUGCGUUGCCCGGUCCAUCGAGCAGCAACAUUGGAGGAGUCGCAGGAGCAUGUGCGCAUGAGGCCAAGACAGGGUACCCAGAGGCAGUGGCGGAAGCCGUAUGGGCGGUCCGUGAGCAGCAGCUGACGCAGGACUAUGCAGCGCAAUUGCAGGCCGUGUGGGCUGAGAACAGCGCACUCCAAGCGGACUUGGCGGCGGCGCUGGCCUACCGCCGCACCGCUCAGCAGCUGCGAGACCGCAACCAGGCCCUGGAAGAGCAGCUGCAGGAGCUGCAGCAGCAGCUUCGAGAGGCCCGGGAGGCAGCGGCAGCCGCUGCAGUAGCGCCAUGCCUCCACACUCGCGUCUCUGUGGCGACGUCGCCACUGCCUGACGCGGAGAUAGCACCAAGCUCGCCUGCGUUUAGACCCCUUGAAGGCGGCGACAUGACGGGACCCGACGCCGCGGCCGAAGCAGCGCAAGUGCCCGUAGCUGCUUUAGACGCCGGUGCUGCCCGCGCCGCUGGAGCCGGCGCUCUGGUGGCCACUGACCACCGGGAGGACGAGGCGCAGCUGCGGGAGGAGCGGGACAAGUACCUAUGCAAGUACAGCGAAGCCAAGCAGGCGUGUCGCGAGGCGCGGCAGCUGGCACGGCACUGGCAGAGCGCCUACUGGGGCCUUAUGGUGUCGUACGAGGGUGUGGAGGCGGCGCAGGACGCCAAGCGGCGCAUGCAGCAGGCGGAGCAAACGCUGGGUACGGCCGCAGCGGUGAUGGAGGCUGUGGCAGGUGUUGCCGCGACGGGUGCUGCAAUGACUGCCGAGGAGGGUCCCAGUGAGAGGGAGGGCGACGGCGGGCACCGCUUGGCCGCCACGACGGGCCGUGGCGGUGCGGAUGAUGGUGAUGGGCAGUUGCGCGUCCUAGAGCGCUCGGGCGUCGCUGACACUACGGGCUCAACUAGAGCACAACUGAAGCGGAGGCACGGGGUAGUGCCGGUGUUUGUGAAGGAGGAGCCCGUUGAGCCCGGCGAGGGAGGCGUGGCGCUGGGCCCUGCUGCGCCGCCGCGGAGCCUCCAACCACCAGGCCGGCUCGGCUUAGCUGGCGGCAUGCAGGCUGCGGCAGCUGCUUCUGAUGUAGGACGAGGAGGAGGAGCAGGAGUCGGCGACGGUGCGGCCACUUACACAGAUCCUCACGGUCCCGGGCUGUCAGCGGCGGUUACGCAUCAGCAUGCAAACCCCUACAGCCUCCGUGCGGACCUACUGACACGCGGCCUGCCGUACCCCGUGCUACUGCCACCUCUGCCACAGAGGCGACUGGCUCGUGCGGCCUUUGGGGGCGAGCCGCCUUUCGCCGGUGAUAACGCUAAGCAGCCGGCUGGCUUAACGGCUGCAACGCACCAACCCGCCGCAGCGCCUGUAACCACGGCCGACAGGGCUAGGCAGUCGGGUCAUGUGGGUCAGGAGCAGGCGACGGGUGCUGAUACCUGGGCAGGCGUCACAUCUGCGGGCGGCGGUGGUGAGGAAGGUGGUGGUGGUGGCGGAGACGACGACGAUGAGGAUUUGGAUCUCACCCAGGAGCCCGAGGAGGGCAGCGCAACGGAGGCCGUGGGCAGCGGCCGGAAGGCGGCAGUGCAUGUGCCGCAUGGAGGAGCGGGGGAGCCGUCGACAGCGGGGCGACAUCAGGACGACAACGACAACCGCACCUUGUGGCCGCUCCAGCAGCAUGUGGAACCGUACCCGCAGCAACAGCAGGCUAACGCGCACCAGCAACAGCAGCAGGGGCAACUGCGAGAGCACUGGCUGCAGCAGCAGGAGGAUGAGUGCCAGCAGGGGCAGGAGGAUGUGAUCCAAGGGGUGCUAGAACGUGGUACAGGCGAGCGGUUUGGCAAUGCGGCGGGAUGCAGCAACGCCGGCAGGGCGGGACCGCCGCUGCAGCGUUCUGGGUCGGGAUCUGGGUCACUGUCUGGCAGGGCGCCGGGUGCGAUGACGGUGGGGUUGGGUUUGGGGCUUACACCUGCGGCUGAUGGCAUGGGUACAUGCGGCACCGCAGCAGACGGGCUUCCGGAUCCAGCGCAGGCAACAGGAGGGAACGACAGUGGCUGCAACGUAAAAGUUGGUGCCCAGGGCGGCGUCGGUGGUGGUGGUGGUGGCGUCGGGUGGCUGAGUAAGCGUAGUCGGUCAUGGGACGGCGACGCAGGAGGCACUGUCAGCGCCGACGGGGGCGCAGGGCUUGACGGCAGCAGGGGUGCUGGCGGCCGUGCCGGUAGGGCGGGCACUGCGGCAGGGGCGGUAGUGGAGGAAAAGCUGCAGCCCGGCAAGCGCCUGGUGCAGAUGCAGCUGCCGUACGGGAAGCAGCGGUGUUUGCCGCAGCAGGUGACGGAAGCGCAGCGGAGGCAGCAGCGGCAGCAAGUCCGGCAGUCAUGGCAUCUGGAUCAAGACUCGGUGGAGGCGGCGGGAAGGGCAGCUGCCGCCGGUAGCCGUAACGCCAUGCACGACCAAGGAGCAGGUACCCAGCCCCGCCCCGUCAAGUUGACCCGGUCAGAAUCAGAAGACGACUCUGACGCCAUUGACGUUAUAGCCGCUCGCCGCGGCAACGGCGGCGGCGCCAGCACUACUGCUGACCGCGUUACGGGUGCGCCUCCGCCCCUCAAGCGCAAGGCGCUAGGGAGUGCCAACGCGAGCACGCGUGGGUCAACCGAUGGCGGCCCAAGCGCUGAUGCGUGUGCAGUCCGGGCAGCCGCACCGGUGCAGCAGCCUGCAGGCGCCGCGGUAGGGCUGCCGCCACGGCCGCUAGGGCCGCCGCCGCCGGCGCCGCUGCAGCCGCAACAGCACGCUGUCUGGGAGGCCGGGACAGCCACGGAGGGUGCGGCAGUCCUAGCAGAAGGCAGCGGCGCCGGUGGCGCUGAUAACGGCGGUUGGGGUGACGCGGCACCAGCGCCCAGCAGUCGAGCCGUUGGCGCGAGGCCGGGUGCAGCUGCUCCCGCGGCAGCAGCAGCAGCAGCAGCAGCUGGUGGUGGUGGUGGUGGCGCGGGGCGGCGACCUGGCGAGCCGGGGUAUAAGUACUCUGCCGUUAUACGUGGGCGCGCGGAACGGGAGGACUUGCAAGCCAUAGAAUGCGCCGGGUGCAGGGCGUUUUACGAGGCUAUCGCCACAUGGGGCGACGCCGUUGCACCCUGCUGCAACCAUGUGCAGAACGUGCCCGCUGGUGCGGGUAAGGCGGCUGGCGGAAGGGGCGCCGCAGCAGGCGGGGGCAGCUCGGCGGCGGCGGCGGCGCAGCAACAGCAGCAGCAGCAGCCCGGGAACAACAUAGCCUCUGCACUGCGGCAAGCGGGCGGCCGGCACCGCUUUAAAUAUGCGCCGCCAGCAACUCCUGAGGGCUUCUGGGAUAUUGGCUUCGGCGAUGACACACAAGACUAGGGGGCCAACUGGCAGAGUUGGGGCUGGACCGUAGUUAGGAAGAGGGCAGGUGCAGGCAACUGCUAGUACAUAACAUGUCUGUCUAGGAGGGUGUGAUCGGCAGCCGUAGAUAUGUGAGGAGUUGCAGGUCUGACGCGCAGGUGUGAGCCGCAGUCAGGGCAAUAAACACUGGACAGCAGCGCGCGUUCGGCAGGCUAGACCACGUGCUAUAUCAGAACUCUUACUAUCCAGUCUACCUGUAUUGGCACACGGUACCGUUAUUCAUUCUGCUGCUGAUUGCGUUCUUCGUACGUAGCAGGGCCUGUGCCACUUGCAGGGCUGAGCAUUACUACGUAGGGGACAUGCGUCCGAGGGGACCUGGGAUACGCAUCUGCUUAUUGUGCUGGCAUGCAGUCAUGCCCGCAUGUAGGGAGUCGUUAGAUAGCCGCACGGGCUUUUUGCAUGCAGUAGUAUGGCUACGGAAUGGCUGUUGUGGAUGGGAAGUCCCUCGAGGCCGCGUUACUUAGCGGCGUGCUUGUUCCUAGGGCCAGCAGGUGUCAUGCAUGUUCUAUGCGUCCGGAUGGGUUUGGCUGGUGGCUUGCCAGGGGAGAUGGUAUGGCCGUUCAGCAGGAGGGUGCUGCAGUAGCCACAAUGUAACGU